GAAAUUAUUAAAACAUAAUUUGUCAAGAGACAGAGACAGAGACAGCAACACUUUGUUCAUUGUAUCAUCGGAAGUUUGAGAGUCUCUCUCUCACUCACUCGGUGUUCUCUCCCUUAUGGCUGCGUCUGGACCAUCAUGGUUGGUGGACAAAAGGAGAAUUGCAACAAAAAUAAAGCGUGCAUCUGAAGCAACCGAAAAAGUUAUAUGGGAAAGCAAUCCUACCAGAGCUUGCCCAAAUUGUCAACAUGUUAUCGACAACAGUGAUGUAACACAAGAGUGGCCUGGAUUACCUAAAGGUGUAAAAUUUGAUCCAUCUGAUCAAGAGAUAAUAUGGCACUUGCUUGCAAAAGUUGGUGAAGGAAAUCUAGAACCCCAUCCUUUCAUCGAUGAAUUUAUCUCUACUCUUCAAAUGGAUGAUGGUAUUUGUUAUACUCAUCCUAAGCGUUUACCAGGUGUUUCACAAGAUGGAAUUGCUUCACACUUUUUCCACAGAGCUAUCAAAGCUUAUAAUACUGGAAGCCGAAAGCGUAGAAAAAUAUGUGGUCAAGAUUUUGGUGAUGUCCGCUGGCACAAGACCGGAAGGACUAAACCUAUCCUCUUGAACGGGCUUCAGAAAGGCUGUAAAAAGAUUAUGGUUCUUUAUAUGACUCUGGAGAGUGGAGGAAAAGCUGAGAAAACUAACUGGGUUAUGCAUCAAUAUCAUCUUGGAAGACAAGAGGAUGAAAAGGAUGGAGAAUAUGUUAUUUCUAAAGUAUUUUACCAGCAGCAGCAAGCCAAAUUGGGCGAAAAAGAUGACCAAAAUGUUCCUGAAACCACGGAAGCAACUGUUGUAAAAGUGGAUCCAGUCACUCCCAAUUCUGUGACGCCUGAACCUCCUCGCAAUGAGAAGCAUUGUUCAGAUGUAGACCAAGAACAAGAAUCUCAUCAUAGUCCUCAGAUUCUACCAAAUCUUUCUCGGUUAGAAUGGCUACUUGAAAGUCAGGAUGAUUGUGAAGAGCUUGCAAAAACUGACUCGUCGAUGAUAGAAACUCAAACUAAUGUAGGCGUUGAUAACUUUGACCUGUCGCAUAAUUUAUUGGAUUCACAGCAACUUGAAAGUCAGGAUGAUUGGGAAGAGCUUGCAAAAACUGACUCGUCGACGGUAGAAACUCAAACUAAUGUAGGCGUCGAUAACUUUGACCUGUCGCAGAAUUUAUUGGAUUCACAGCAACUUGCGGAAGGACUUUCCUUGUUCGCAGAUUUCUUUCAGAGCCAGUCUCCGAAAAGGGAUGGGGAAAGCGGAGAGCAAAUGGAACGACCUAGUCUUUCCGUAUAUGCUCAUUUAGGAGCAGAGCAAUUGAAGAAAGAUAUUGAAGAGUGUCAAAAUCUUGAACUUAACACUACAAAGAAGAAUGAUAUUGAAGAAUGCCUUAAUCUUGACGUUGAGACUGAAAAAAAUCUCAACCUUGACACUGCAAAUGUAGAGCUUGACUCACAACCUUCCGAUAUUCGAUUAAGUCAACUGGAAUUCAGCUCACAGGAUAGCUACAUUGCGUGGGGUGGUUGCAAGACAAUCAACUAACAUUUUCUUCACUUAUGAUGAGAAGUAAUACCUUUUGCAACUGCAGUUUCUGAUAAAUUGCAAUUUUGAAAUCAGAGGGGCAAAUUAAAUUGUUACAACUUUAGUGAAGUAGUGGUUUGAAACUUUUUAACCAACCAAGCUGUAAUCAAUGUUUUCUUUUUGUACAAUGAAGUUGUAUAGUAGUAUGUUUCAUCUAGGUACUCAAAUAUUGAAAUGUGGACUUGACCUGUCCACAUAUAAAGGACCCAUGCUGCUCUCUUUGAAAGUAACAGAUACAUUGUGCAUA